CUUAAGCAUUAUUUGAUUAACCGCUGUCCAUCGGCCUCCUCUUUUUAUAUUCUCCCCUUACACUUUUGAGCUCCUCAUCACUCUCAAACUCACAACUUUGCUUCCUCAUCUUUCUGAAGCUCUCUCUCACACUUUGGAAAAUGAAGAUGGGUUUCUAUGGCUUCCAAGUUUUGAUGAUCUUGGGUCUCUUGGCCACCUUUUGCAUAGCCCAGGCUCCAGGGCCAGCACCAACCGCCUCACCACCCACAGCCACGCCACCCACUGCCACGCCACCCACCGCCACGCCACCCUCACCAGCUCCAACCCCAUCACCACCUACAUCUCCAUCGCCAGCGCCGGCUCCGACCUCAAAGGCCCCGUCCCCUUCACCAACCAAAGCCCCUACCUCAGCUCCCACUCCUUCAGCGAAAUCUCCUUCACCCGUGUCUCCUGCUCCCAAGAACUCUUCACCGCCGGCACCCAGUCCCGUUACCCCCUCAUCCCAGCCACCGGCUGCUGAUCAGACCCCCAGUGCCGCCUUCUCUCCUAGCAAAGCCGUUAUUGCUGGAACCGCUCUUGUUGGAACUUUCUUCGCCGUGGUGCUGGCUUAGACUGGUUCUGGCUUUGUCCCACGUGGAGGCUCAUCUCGGCUCUUACUAGAUCUUAUUUUUGAUGCACGGAUGAGAUCUAUUUGUUUCUCUUUCAUGUUCAUUUUUUUUUUCUUUUUUAAUUUUCCGAUAUUUAUUUUUGUUGCAUUUGUCUCAUUCCAUAUUGGGUUUUACUUAGGGUCGGAUUUGUAUGAUGAUGAUGAUGAUGAUGAUUAUUAUUUGGAGAUUCAUUGCUUUCGUGUUGACACGUGUAUCCAUUUGUAGAUGAGUCCGGUGUACAUCAAAUAUUUGAAUAAAACAGCUUGUCAUUCUUUUC